AUUAAAGAGAAAAGGGCGAGUGAAGUGGAUUCCAUAUUUGCACGGCACCAACUUCCUCCCACCUUUUUUUUUAUUUUUUCCCUUUUGCUCUCAGAAGGUCUGCAGCGUGGAAUGUGACGCCAUUAGUCGUUGACUGUAGCACUGAUUGAAAUGUGUAGACGUCCUCUAAAAAUAUUCGAAGAAAAAGUGUGCGUGUGUGUGCAAGAAAGAGGGUGAGAGGGUGAUACGAAAGGUUAUUGAUUCAGGUUCAACUUGUUCCCGUUGCUCUUCUUUCUUUUCUGAUCGAUCUUGUCAGCCGCGAGAGGCCGUCCUGCGAAGACAAGACUUGACAAUUUUGGAGAAAGAGAAAGGGAGGAGGACCCGCUAGAGAAUUCGCCCUCUGCGUGUGAGUGUGUGUGGGUGUUGACAGGGAGGAUCGCCUUAAUUCAGUUUAAAUUUCGGGCAUGUUCGCCAUGUUCUGGUCGAUGGGCUGGUGGUUUUUCUGGCCACCAGAAUCCGGCAUGAGGGUGGAAUUCGCUUUCCUUGAUUGAUGAGUCUGCCUCAGUACUUUUGUGGUAGGUGGCUAUUUGUGUUGGCUUUUACCAGCUGAACAAAGCGGAAAAACAAUUUCAAGCACCAUGAACUCUCCAGUAGCACAGUUUGCCAUCUCAGGGAGGAUGGGUUUGUACGAAGCAAGUCAUAACCAUUGGGGACAAUCAUUUAAACCUGAAAGUAGCCUUACGUCUAUGAUUUUGGAACCGGAUCAAAAGGUGGAAGAUUCACUUCAUGGGACACCAGAGACUUCAAAGAGUUCUGAUCAAGAGACAAAUAAGCCGAAUGAUAAGGUGCUCAGGCGUUUGGCACAAAAUCGAGAGGCUGCACGAAAAAGCCGUUUGCGGAAAAAGGCAUAUGUUCAGCAGCUAGAGUCAAGUCGUUUAAAGUUGACACAGUUAGAGCAGGAACUUGAAAGGGCGAGACAGCCGGGUGUACAUUUUAGUGGAAGCUGUGGAGAUUCCAAUCAUGGAAUCCCUGGAGCUAGUACCAAUACAGGCAUUGCAAUGUUCGAGAUGAACUACAAUAACUGGGUCGAAGGGCAAAAUAGGCAAACUCGUGAACUUAGAGCUGCUUGUCAGGCACAUGUGACUGAUCUAGAGCUUCGGAUGCUUGUGGAAACUGGUCUUGCACAUUAUGAUGACCUUUUCAGCAUGAAAGCAUUGGCAGCAAAAUCUGAUGUCUUUUAUCUACUAUCAGGCAUGUGGAGAACUUCUGCUGAGCGCUUUUUUCUUUGGAUUGGUGGAUUCCGCCCUUCAGAACUCCUUAAGAUUCUCAGACCACAACUUUAUCCUCUAGCUGAGAACCAGGUCCUGGCUAUUUGUAGCUUGGAGCAAUCAUCAUUGCAGGCUGAAGAUGCUCUAUCUCAAGGAAUGGAGAAAUUGCAGGAAACCUUGGCCGAGGCAUUAGUAUCCACUUCUGUGGGCUCACCAAAUGUUGCAGACUAUAUGGGGCAAAUGGCUUCUGCCAUGGACAAACUGGAGGGGCUUGCGAACUUUGUGCUGCAGGCUGACAACCUGAGACAGCAAACUCUGCAGCGGAUGUAUCGGAUCCUGACAGUCAGACAAUCUGCUCGAGGCCUUCUUGUUUUGGGCGAUUACUUCCAGCGUCUCCGGGCUCUAAGUUCACUUUGGACAGCCCGUCCGCGUGAACCUGCCUAAACAAACAACCUGGUCUGCUCUCGUUUCCAACGUGUGCCUUCCAGCUCUGAUUUCUUUGAAUGAAACGAAACUGUACAAGGCAAGCCAUUGUAACUCAAGGAAACAUAUGAAACAGCAGCAGCUAUGUUGAUGAAGCAUCUUCACUGAAGCUACUUGUAGUAUUUAUCUUUGUUGUGUUAGUUUUCUGCUCGGCAGAAAAUUGUAUAUUAUGGUGCUAAAGUUGGGUCCUGUUAUUUUAGUGAGCAUGGUGAAAAAGCUGUGUCAAUUCACAUGUGGAGAACAUGUCAUUAGUUCCAAGUAAGUUUUAAUUUGCAAUUGCCA